AUAGAAGACGAUGAAAAAAUAAAAAUCUCUACCACACAUAAACUGACUCAUUCCACUGAGUUACAAAAUACUAAUAGAAUCACCUGAGAAAAAUAUAGCAAAAUCAUUGUUAAAUCUGCCAUCCACCCUCAAGGAACAUGACCAACUGUUUUCUGACUUUAACGUUUAUUUUCAAAUUCACAACGGACAACCGUCCCAGUGUUGGUAUGAUAAGAAAUCGGCUGAUCGCGUUGGCAUGAUAACACGUUCGCUAUAUAAACAUUCACUUGGACCAUGCUUUAUUAGUUAUGGAUAAGUGGUUCGAUAAGUGAGAAGUUUAAUUACAGCAGCAAAAUGUUUGUUUUCGUUGCGCUUUGUGUUGUGUAUCUUUCUUACCUACUGCUAAAGUAUCACCGAAAACGUCAGGAAGUGCUUAAAGUUUUGCCCUACUUCAAUGGCCCUCAUCCGGAGUAUUUUUUUGGUAUUUCCUACAUGUUUAAGGAUAAAUCAAUGACAGAAAUAUUCGACAUAAUUGUUGAUUGCCAUCGUCAGUAUGGCAAGGACCUUUGUCUUAUCGGUGCGUUCAACGAGAUGGAACUUGAAAUCGCCUCUGCACGCAAUAUAGAGAAGGUACUGCUAGCGAAAACGACCAAGAAAUCGUAUCAGUACGACUUUCUCGAACCAUGGCUCGGUACCGGCUUGCUGCUGUCGUUCGGCGAAAAGUGGUUCCAGCGUCGAAAGAUCAUCACACCAUCGUUUCAUUUUAAAAUUCUUGACCAAUUUAUGGACGUGUUCAAUAAGGAGGCGGACACACUCGUCACCAAGCUGGAACGGCACGUAAAUCAGCAAGAGUUCGAUAUCUACGAUUACAUCACCCUGUAUGCACUGGAUAGCAUUUGUGGUAGGCUUGCCUCGCUUGUCUCUUUGAUUACAUCUUAUCAGGUACGGUUUAAUCCCCUUUUCUUAGCGACAUCGAUGGGAGUUCAAAUUAAUGCCCAGGAAGACCCGAACAAUGAAUACACCCAGGGCGUAAAGAAGGUGUCGGAGUAUGUUUUUCGACGCAUCUUUAGCGUACUGCGUCAAUUUCCGGCCCUUUUCGUGCUGUACUCGUAUGCCCGAGAACAGGGCAGAGUUAUCAAACGGUUGCACGAUUUUACCAACUCCGUAAUUGAUGCACGCAGAAAGCAACUAAAUCAGGAAAGCAAAACCCUCCAGCAGGAUGAUUACUCGAAGCACCGUGAUACUUUUCUCGAUCAGUUGCUGAAGGUAAAGAUCGAUGGGAGACCGCUCAGUACGGCCGAUAUUCGCGAGGAGGUGGAUACGUUCAUGUUCGAAGGGCACGAUACAACGACGUCGGGUAUUUCGUUCACAAUUCUACAGCUGGCCAAACAUCAGGACAUUCAGCAGAAGCUGUACGAAGAGAUCGACACAGUGCUGGGAGAGGAUGCUAGAUCGAUCAUUCUUACCAACUCUUUGCUGCAGGAGUUAAAGUAUCUUGACUUGGUUAUAAAGGAAUCGUUGCGCUUGGUACCACCGGUUCCCUUCAUUGGACGCAAACUUCUCGAGGACAUGGAAAUGAAUGGCACCAUAAUUCCCGCAGGAACAACUCUCUCGCUUAACAUCUUUUGCCUGCACCGGAACCCAGAAGUGUUCCCCGAUCCGGAAAAGUUCAUCCCGGAGCGCUUUUCGGACGAGAAUGAAAUCAAGCGUGGACCUUAUGAUUACAUUCCAUUCAGCGCUGGUUCACGGAACUGUAUCGGCCAGAAGUAUGCACUGCUGGAGAUGAAAGUGACCAUCGUAAAGCUGCUCGCAAGUUACCGAAUUCUGCCCGGAGAGUCCAUCGAUCAAGUGCGCUUCAAGGCCGAUCUUGUCAUCCGUUCGUCCGGUGGCAUACCGGUGAAGCUCGUCAGAAGAAGUUAGACCAUGCAGGUUCAUUAAUGAAACCUUCGUCUAAUCUUUGUACCAUCGCCAGAAAAAAAAGAAGCUCUCCUUGGCCUGAUUGGCCUUUCGCUAACGAGGUUUUUGCCUUCUGCUGUUACUGCUGCAGAGGGAAGUUUAUCAGCGUGCUUUACCUGCUCGGAAUAUUAUAAUUUAAUUAAUCAAUCUGAAACCCAACUAUUUCCACGUCCACAGCAUGAUUGAGUGAUGAGAAGUGAACUAGGGGCAUUCACACACAAACACGUAGAAAUACAUAUAACCGCAAAAACACUACUUCAUAUUGCGCACGUUGUACAGUAACAGCCUCCCAGCAUGGCACAGCAAUGGUUUCAUAAAUUAAAUUUAUCAACUUUUUCUUCCUGUCGCUGGUAGGACUUUUUUGUUUGCCUCUUCCCUGUAUUUGGCUUGUGCACCGAGUACUUCGAACCGUCGCGUACACUAGCGGUUGAAGAGCUAACCAAUAUCAAACAAAACUACCCCACCAGAAUGGUGAUUCUGUUAGUUGUUAGAUACAAUUUUUUCCCACUUUUCCUGUUCGAAACGCAACAACUUCCACGGUGGCGCACGAACAGAAGCACGUUUCGCACGGUCCACCACAAUCCCGUAAGCCAUGAAAGACGGAAAGUCAUCAAACGGACACCGGGGAAAAAGGGAGUUUUUUUUGUUCAUACUCUUUUUCUCCUUCUUUUCCACCAAAUGCCAACCACAUACCGGACUGUAGAUGGGACGAAUGAAUGGAUGGUUGAUUGAAUGAAAAUAUUAUAUAUUUCAUGCCCCGAUAUACAGUUGAGACACAGUGAGCUUUUCCAGUGCAUAAAAGUUGAAUCCUCCCAUGAGCAUGGAGAAAAUAAGUGGAAUAUCGGCUUUCACCAUAAAAAAGAUGCUAGUAACAGAUUUCUAGAAAUUGGUUAAAGGAUGGCAUUUGGUGGUAAUGAGUGCCUUCAACUACUACAUCUAUGCAAUUCGAUAUCCUGAUAUUAUUUUUUUUAAUCUGCUUCUUUACUAUAGUUUUAACAAGUCUUUUUUUCGCUUCUAUAAAACAAAUACAUAAACGA